CCCCAAGAAAUUGCAGCUCCGCCUACUCAUAUAGCAGCUUCCACAGUUGUUUUCGCAGUCAGUCUGGAACUGAGGAGACAUGGCCACGAUGUACUCCAACCUGACAACUGAGGACUACUCUGAAUAUUACAAUCAAAUAUUAGAUGAAAACACACAGCUCUGCAGCAACACCAAUGUAAGUGCUUUUAGCCAAGUCUUCAUACCUGUCCUCUACAGCAUUGUCUUCAUCCUGGGAUUCAUUGGAAAUGGCCUGGUGUUGUGUAUCUUGAUCAAAUAUCACCAAAGGUCAAAUGUGACAGAUGUGUGCCUCUUCAACCUGGCCCUUUCAGACCUUCUUUUCCUGAUCUCAUUGCCUUUCUGGGCUCACUAUGCCGCCAUCUCUGAGUGGACCUUUGGGGGCUUCAUGUGCCAUGCAGUGACAGCGCUCUACAUGCUGGGAUUCUAUGGAAGUAUCUUCUUCAUGAUCCUCAUGACCUUGGACCGCUACGCUGUCAUUAUCCAUGCCCAUAACUCUCUCUUCUCCAAGCACCGGUCUGUCAGAGCUAGCAUAGCUGUGGCUUCCUUUAUGUGGGCACUUAGCUUGGGAGCUUCUCUGCCAACUAUUAUUUUCUCCCAAGUGAAGAAUGAAUCAAACGGGUGGAUAUGCAAAGAGGAAUAUCCAGAAGGGUCAGCAUUGAAGUUUUUCUCGUACAUUGAACCGAACCUUUUUGGUUUGAUUGUUCCUCUCUCUGUGAUGGUGUUCUGCUACUCGCGCAUCAUCCCCGUCUUAAUGGCCAUAAAAUCUCAGAAGAAACACAAAGCUGUCAGACUCAUCCUGGUCUUGAUAAUUAUUUUCUUCCUCUUCUGGACGCCCUACAACAUCGUCAUCUUCCUGAAGUUUCUGCGUCAAUUAGGCUACAUGAGCACCUGUCAGUGGGAACAGGACCUGCACAUGGCUACUCAAUGGGUGGAAACCAUAGCGUUCAGUCACUGCUGCCUCAACCCCAUAAUCUACGCCUUUGUGGGGCAGAAAUUCAGGAAUUUGGUUCUCAAGAUACUAAAACAGUGGUUUCCUGUUUACUUUGGUCGGUGCACAACAAUCGGCAGUGAGUUCUCAGAGAGGAAGGGCUCUAUGUCGUCACGGACCUCAGUGAUUUCCAGCACAAAGAUUGUGUAGCCAAAAGUGCAACAUCUGAAACCUGGGUUAAUCAUUGAAAAUUAAAACUGUAACCCCUACCGUUAAAACAUUGCAUAUAAAUUUGUAAAAAGUUCACGAUUCUAUUUGUGUAGCCAAAAGUGCAACAUCUGAAACCUGGGUUAAUCAUUGAAAAUUAAAACUGUAACCCUUACUGUUAAAACAUUGCAUAUAAAUUUGUAAAAAGUUCACAAUUCCAUACUUUGGUUAAAUCCUCCGUAUUAAGUACAGAUACUUUUUAUUGACAUGUUGUCCUUAUGUUUUUUUGUUUUUUUUUACUUAUUUAGUCAUUGUUGUUUAUGUAUAGUUUUUGUGUACUUUAUAUGCUUAGUUUUCCAUUUUUAAAUGAAUUGAGCAUGUAUUGCUUACAGCAUGCAAACGGUGUUGUGAGGCAAUUUUAGAGAUAUAUUUUACUGAAUGUAAAUAGUGCCGUCUCACAUAAUAUGUAAUCAUUUUAUAUCAAGCAUCAUUAAAUCACAUUAAGACUUAAGAAAUCAUUUCUUGUCAUAUAUUUGUCAUACUAUUUGCACAGCAUAAUUGUGUUUCUGAAGCCCCUCUAUUUUCUUGUAUUUUGAAUUAUGAUCCUAAUUUGAGGUUUGAUAUUUCACCCCACUUACUGUAUACAUGAGCCUUGAUGGGAUUAUAAAAAUGUAUUUGGUCGGUAAGCUGAUGAACCCUUUCCUUGAGCUGUGAAAAUAUUAUUAAGACUGGCAAUGCUUGAUGCCACAUCCUGAAUAAUAGCAGAAAAAAUCCCCCUCCGCCACCUCCCCAUGCAGCCAAGCGCUUGUGGCAUACACUAUAUAACAUAAUGUAUUCAACUGUACUAGUUUAUAUGCCUUAAGUAAGAAAUAAAACCAAACAUACUAUUACUGGAAAAUAAUCAAUGAUGGGGUGAUGUGAUGUGGCCUGAUAUGAAGCUGAACAUGACAUGAAGGUACCCAGAGCUCACAUCAUGGCUGAUUCGGAGUCUGUCACUUGCAUCUGCAAGCUGAUAGUUCAAACCCCUCUGGAUGCUGCCAGAACCAGGAUCAAGGUGAGUUGGAAGGGUUCCACCAUGGGGCAUGAAGUAUUGUAUUUACCUUCAGCUCCAAAACCAGUUAUUGUGGCUGAGCCAUGUCUGAUGUCAAUGACUCCAUCUGCUCAGAGAGAGCCUCAAGGCAAUUUCUGGGCUUUUUCCUCCAGCACAACGUCUGAGAAUUUGCGUGUUAGAGGCUUUCCUGGCUGGACCAGGAUUUUAGGCCUGGCCCCCAACCUUGGGUUUUAGGCCAGCUUGCCAUGCCUGUUGAGUUAGCAUUGGCAUAGCCUUGCAUUUGGCACAUGAAGCAUCUGAGUCAAACAAAAUAUAUUUAUUGUAAUAGUUCAUAUACAUUAAGUGAGAAAUAAAACAUUUUGAUGGUGUGCUUUUACUGUUCCCACCCUGAAGCUGAUUAUUUCCCAAUAACAGCACAUCCUGAAGUGUUUUAGUCCUCUUAUGCCACAGUGAUUUGCCAACAAUUUCCAUUUUUAUUUUCUUUAAGAAAUGGCACAUUUUGCAUCAUAUCCAUUUAUAGUUAUAUUUACUGGUGUAAAGUUAAAUAAGUUUUAACAGUUCAGAUACACAAUUAAGGACAAUUAGGGUUCAAGCAUUUUGUCAAAUUUGGUUUUUCAAACAAAAG